ACCCGUGGACAUUGUCCUCGAGGCGCCUUCUAAUGAAGCCGCAUCGCUCUGUUACUCCGGUUGCCUUCCUCGGUUGCUGUUUUUAUUACUAGUACUCUAGUAGGUGCUUGUGAAGUAACACCUCAAAGAGCCAGAACAGAUCUGAUAGAUACCACCGGUAGCUAGCUAGAUCCAUUCUGCUGCUACCAAUCCCAUUGCUGUUACCUGAGAGAGAGAAGAGAGCACUGUUGUGUCCAAGAUAAGAAAGAAGGACUUGUCUAUUCUCCCCUGCUCAAGUCAUUACCAUAGAGGAGCUAGCGGAGUGUCACUACAGUAUCAUCAGAUCUGGAAGUGCGAAAAGCGGUACCAGCGUGAGCUUAUUACGGUCCCGGACAAACCUUACCUUGUUUACCUUACUCGAGCUGAGGCAAUAAUACAUACAUACUGAAGAAAGAGAGAGAGACCAGCUAGCCACUAGCAAUCCAAGAUGUCGCGACAACUACUACAACCACACAGCGACGACGACGAGGACACGGCGCAGUUGGAGACGAUGGAAGACGAGAGUCAGCCACAGGCAGUCAUGGGCAGCAACUACUUUACAGCCACCGAUGAUGACGACGAGGACGACGAGAUCCAAGCGUUCGAAGUGGCCAUGCAACAACAGCAACACGAUGAUGCUAGUGACACUGACAGUAGUGACGACCAGCGGCUGCCCAUUGUUCCUGCCAUGGCCGAAGAAGGUCAUCCCGACAACACAGCCAAACAUCGGGAAGAAGAAAGCAGCGGCAGUGGUCCCUUUCAAGACGAGCCCUACUCCACCACCACCAAUACCACGUCCAUGACCAACACCACCGCGUCGGAACGAAAUCUCCUCGACGAAGAAGGCGACGACCAAUUUCGACCCUUGGACGACAGUUUCAUGAGAGACAAUACCAACCACACAGCUCCCAAUCCGUCCACUGGAGGAGACUUUCUGGGACUCCGCAGUCAACAACAACUACACCCACAGCAGCAACAUCCACCACAAGGCGGCAAACAACGACGCAAUUCUCUCGCCUUGCGCAAAAAUAUUCCGGCACAAUUCACGUUUGCCGGAAUGGCGCCAUCCUCCAUGAACAGCAGUGACCUCUACGAUGUCACCAACGACAUUGAUGCCUUUGUCGAACAACAGCAACGAGCGCCCAAUAAUAACAACAAUAACAACAACAACAAGACGCGCACAACGGCCAAUUUGUUGUUGUUGCACACGGACGACACGUCGUCGGCCGUCGAAAAACGAAGGGCCGCCGCCGGAUCCAGUAUUUCUUCAGCGCCGCCCGACAAGAAACGAACCAGUCCCAGCAAUCCUCGCAAAUGGGGAUUGCUGCGUAGCACCUGUUUGAAUCCACGCUUUUCGCUACAGACACAACUCAUGCUGUCGUUUGGAUUCGUCAGUGUCGUCAUGAUUUCCACCGUCAUGGCCAUUUGCAUCAUUGUCACCAUUUUGUCGGGACAAAAUGUCAAUCAAAUCACCACCGAUACGUUUGAAAAUUUGGCCACCAACAUGGGAGGGACCACGUCGCGGUAUAUUGCCGAAUUCUUGACGUACCGACUAUUGCCGACCGAUCUGGUCGCCAUUGUUUGGGAAACCACUCGUGAUCGCAUGGCGGGAUAUCCCGAUGCGCCCGGAUUUGACGUUGAUGCCCAAGUCCCCUUUUUGGAUACAAUUUCCCAAACCAAUCGAUAUCCCAUUGUGGCACCGCCGUUGCCACUCGAUUGGCAGAUUGACUCUAAUGUCCAUGCCGACAAUUACCAAGAACACGUCCAACAAGAACGAUGGUCCUGGUAUCAAAUGAACAAUCGCUACGCCAGUAGUAGCAGCACCACUACUAGAAUACAACAAACCGCACUCAGUACCGCCACGGCGGGAUUCUUCAUGCAAGGCAUGUGUAAUCCCAAUGUCACGGACGCACUACAUCCACACUAUUAUCCCAAUUGCUCGCCGGAACACAAUGACAUUGCCACGGGAGGUGUCGUGGCACCCACCGACUUGACGGGCAUACUUCAUCGCAAGGGAUCCGAUCUCAGUCCCAUUCUCAAAUCGCUCUACGAAUAUCAUCAAGACAUGAAAACCAUUGGAGUUGCCUUUGCCAAUCGAGGGGCCGGGGCAACGGUUCAGUAUCCACUCUAUUCCUUGCAUUCCAGUGCCACCUACGUCUCACAAGGAUGUGACUGGAUGCAUCAACCCAAUCCGUACAAACCAUACCAAACCAUUGCCGGUGUCUCCGACAUGGCCCUCGCCAGCAAAUGUCAUCCCGUCGGUACCAACGUCUCGUUUCGAGAAUACAAUCCCAUGGAACAAGAAUGGUGUCGCAAACAGGCAUUGGAACCGGAAAAAUUUCACAUCGAAGGACCGCAUCUCGAUGAUGCCUCGUGGCACGGAAUUGACCAAUAUCGAUGGGUCAUGACCAUUGGACGUGCCAUGUACGAUCGGGUUACACUCGAGUUUAUUGGGUGCAUUCGGGCCACAAUCGUGUUGGACUUUUUGGAUCAACUCUUGGCGGAUGCCUGCGUCACGGAUCGAUCGCACAUUACCGUGGUAAAAUGGGAUGAUGUCGGAACUGUUGUGGCAUCGUCGGCACGAGACAUGACACAGGCCAAUACUACGGUGACGGUGGAUCAACUCGAACAGAGUGUCGGAAUGACCAUGGAGAAUUAUCAGGAACUCAAGAAUUUGGUCGAUUACACUACCGAGUGGAAUAGUACGGAUGUGCGAAAUCGAUACGAGUCCUUUGUGACCAGCAAUGAUGGGUUUUGGAUUGCCGCCUACCCCAUGCCGCCGCCACCGGAAGAGUACGAUCCGGAGUAUCGACCGCAGUUCUUGGCAGUCAAAUCCUUGUCGCGAGAUGAUGUCUUCAAUCAUGUGCAAGCAUCACAGGGGACGGUGGAUGACAGUGUCAAUGAUCUCGUCAAUUUGACACUUUUGAUUGGAGUCAUUGGGUUGGCCACGGUUCUGGUCAUUGUGGCGCUGGUCUCCAACAGACUGACAUUACCGCUCCGAUUCAUGAACGAGGUCGCCAGCAAUAUUGUCAACAACUAUGUGGACAAAAAGGAAGACGGCAUCGAUUACGAAAAGCCAGAAGAAUAUCAUUCUAGAUGUACCCCACGAACGGAGAUCAGCGAGGUUGUCGCCGAAUUCCAGAAAAUGGUGGCACGCUUUUCUGGCUCUGCCAAUGCCAAGGCAAUGAAAAUCAAGUUCACCGAAGUCUGGAAUCGAUUUGAAAUGUACGCUCAAUUUGCGGACUUGUAUGCUGCACGAGAAGAGGCUAGUUUCAAAAAGUACAGAAUGUGCAAAUGCACGACAAGUCAUGACGACGACCAAUCUGCAGAUCAAGCGACAACCACAGAACCGAAACGAAAGCACUUUGGGACAGUCUUGUGCACACAGGAUGACGUUCCACCAACUGUAAUCCAGAAAGAGGCACCGGAGGAUCUCAAGGCUCUGCCGGAGAAAUCACAGAGAUUGCUGUCUCCCCUCUUCUUGUGGAUAGUGUUUCUGAUUGGCACUCCUCUCCUGGUGAUAACAAUCGCGCUUACCGCAAUUGUCACAUACAACAUCAACAGCGAAUUCCCGACGCUUGCGCAAGACGCAAAGGCAGAUUACCUGGAUAUGGAAUUGUUUGCGCUACAGAUCUAUGUUGGUCUUCGGGCAAAUUUCGUUUCAGCAGUCACCUCACAGUCCACAAGAGACUUGCACCUUGUCACCAGGUAUGCUAGCUGGCUGCUCUUUGACGGGAUUGAACGAACCGAUUCCUUUACAGAAAUGGCUGCUGGAUCGGAAGAGUGCAAAUGGUACGACGAUUACUCUGAAUGCCCAUUUUUUCAAGAGAAUCCGUGUUCUUGUGAUUGGAAUACAGGUCACGACGAUUGCCAGUGGUACGACAUCGACAGCAGGUAUCUUCAAAAGCUCCUGGCCACGACUGAAGCCUUGGAUCUACUUCCUGAUGGCGACAGAAACGCGACAAGCUAUCCCAAAGUGGCAUAUUCCCCCAAUACGACAGCCUGGUUUCACAAUACUUCAGAGCUUCCCGGCGCUGAAAAGGGGAAUGCAGCGUCUGGUCAUGACACCACGUACGACCGGUGGCGAGUUUUGUCCGCUUUACCGAUAAUGCAGGCACUCCACAACUACGAUGAGAUUAAAGGGACUGUCGAUGGUGCUCACGUGGCGAUGGAAGAGGACGGCACCUUUAUUGGCUAUUAUGCCUGCGGAAGCGCCAUGACGUAUUCACCAUUCUGGGUUUCCUCCGAGUCGAAUGGGGCUGCAGAUGCUCGUCCGGAGCUUUGUCCUUUGGGCAAGUAUGGAUACGAUGCACGUUGCAGGGGAUGGUACGAUUCGGGCAGAAACAUGUACCUUGAAAACGGCAACACGUUCUACUUGACACCACCGUACAAUGAUGCUAACGACGAAAGCUACAUCACACAGUCGGUGACAACUUCAAUCGUGAACCCAGAGACGAAGGAGCAUGUGGGCCAGAGUCUUGUCGAUUUCCAGGCCCAGACUGUCUUCGUUGCGUUGAACCACGAGAACACGCCACUCGGGGGAUACGGGUCGCCGGUGCUGAUAGCGCCUGAAUCUGGAGCAUUUGAAGGAGAUACAGUCAUUGGCCCAGGAUAUGUAAGUGACGGCCCCUCCCCGCGCAUCGAGGAUCUUAUUCUUGCGCAUGGAGGAGACCCCAACUGCUCCAGCGCUGGGUGUUUAGGCAGAGAGCAAUUUCGUGCCAUUGUACACAACAUGAAGAACGGCACCACAGGGGCCACACAGUUCUGGCGAACAGGGGAAGACGAUUCCCGAGAAGAAAUGUUCAUUGCGCAUGCGCCUGUCAACGUGAAACAGUUGGACCCGAAGAACAGUUCUGAUUUUGCCAGAGGUGUGGAGUCUCGGGACCACUUGAUCUACUCUCUUGCCUUUGUUACCCAGGUGGAUGGACUAUUGCAACCUUUCGAAGCCAUUGCAGAAGAAAUGCUUUACCAGAGAAAUGUUGCAAUCGGUGUACUUUGUAUUGUGAUUGUGUUGUCAGCGCUUCUUGUGCUUUACAUCUCAAGCAGUGUGGCAUCAUCAAUUACGAAACCGAUGCUUUAUUUGGUUGGACUGAUCCGACACAUCAAUCGGCUUUCGGUGGAUGACAUUUCAGCUUCGUUGACUCCCGAAGUGGACAAAGAUUAUGGUUGCCGCGAGGUUCGGCACGUGUCCAGCACGAUGGAAGUGCUGCACAAGGUUGUGCGAGACGCCAACGUUGCUUUCUUUGCCGGGGACGUUGAAACGGCGUAUGCUGUGUUGACAGAUACCUUGCGCCUGUUCCAGCGUUUGGACAACAAGAAAGCCAUUGGUGUGAGCAACAACAAUCUUGGCAACUGUAUGCUUACGAUGUAUCGCCGAAUGCAGACGACAAAGGAAGAGAAAGUGUGUGGUUUUACGCAAAAGGAACUUGUCCAAAAGGGAGUGGCGUACUUCCACAAGGCCAUCAAACUUGGAGAGGCGGCGUAUGAUGAUUUCUACGAAAGAGAAGGGUGGUCUCCCAACUGUCUCGAGUUUAUGCAGCACCUCUCCAAUCGCUAUUUCAAUCGGGCCAUGUUUCUUCUCACUGUUAAAGACAACCACAAGAAUCCCCGUGAGCUGGAAGAAUUGGGCUUUCGAGAUCUUCAGAUUGUUCGAGAUAUGGACGUGGAAAUUGUCGAUGAAGGCACCCAGGUCGGAUGGGAUGUUCGUACCGCCGACCAGCUGUUUGAUGUCAAGAUGAGUCGUAUCAAGGGCCACCUGUUGCUGCUGGAAAUGGGAUAUCCGGAUGAAUGGGAUAUCGACGAACUGUUGGACGAUGCAGUGAAGAUUGUCUCGGGUGAGCUUAAUAAGGGUGGAUCGAAGCUGUUUGUCGAGUUGUGCCAAGUGGGUCGAAUGCAGCAAGUCGAGGCAGAGUUGAUACGAUAUCUUCAGCUCAAGGGAGACCUGGAGAACGCCUCCAAGGUGGCAAUUAGGAUGCUGUUGGAGGACGAGUACACGCUCCCGGGUGCACAAACUCGGGCGGUGGAGGUGCUAUUGGAGUAUGUACAAAGUCAAGAAGAUACCGCUCAAUAUGAUCGACUCGUCAGACGAGAACUGGUCGACUACCAAGUGUGGGUGAACAUGGUGGACGAAGAGAAUGACCACCGGCUCUCUUCAGGCGCGGAUGGCAGUGAGAUCAACGAACGAUCUGAGGUGUUCCACUUAUCAACGGCACGGCUCUCUACCAGCUCGAGCGCAGACAUGACAAUCAGGAGGAGGAGUACUCUGAAAGAGAGUAUGCGAGGUGACUUUACGAUGGAAGUCUUUUAGAUCGCUUGAACGUACGGUCUCGCUUUUCAGUUUGCUUCUCUCCAGCCGACCAUGCGUUUAUUUCAUUCAUCCCUCCCGCUCGAGCGCUUACACGAACCUUCCCACAUGCAUAUCACGAGCCGUGACUUCGUUCUGGGGUCUUUGAGGAGGAUGGGAAUGGCCUGUCUCUAGGCUCUUGCAGAGAGGUACCGUCGCAUAAUGUGUUGUCAGAUCAGGUAAAGGGUGCUAGCCGGUACCAGUAGUCAGUACUAGAGUAUACUGGUACCAGUACUGACUUGAAGUCCAGUGUUGCUGUAGUAAUGUUAACCCUGAAUUUCAUGCUU